AUGGCAAAGAGAGUUGUCGACCUCGUUUCCCACUCCCGUCGCCCUCGCUUCCCCCUCCCGUCGCCCUCGCUUACCUGUCCCGUCGCCCUCGCUUACCUGUCCCGUCGCCCUCGCUUCCCCCACCCAUCGCCCUCGCAUCCCCCUCCCGUCGCCCUCGCAUCCCCCUCCCGUCGCCCUCUCUUCCCCCUCCCGUCGCCCUCUCUUCCCCCUCCCGUCGCCCUCGUUUCCCCCUACCAUCGCGUUCGCUUCCCCCUCCCGUCGCCCUCGCUUCCCCUUCCGUCGCCCUCGCUUUCCCCCCCGUCGCCCUUCCAUCCCCCUCCCAUCCCCCUCGCGUCCCCCUCCCCUUGCGCUCCCAUCCCCCUCCCAUCGCGCUCUUAUCUCCCUCCCCUUGCGCUCCCAUCCCCUUCCCAUCUCCCUCCCAUCCCCCUCCCAUCCCCCUCCCAUCCCCCUUCCGUCCCCCUCCCGUCCCCAUCCCAUCGCCCUCGCUUCCCCUUCCUGUCGCCCUCGCUUCCCCCUCCCGUCGCCCUCGCUUCCCCCUCCCAUCCCCCUCGCUUCCCCCUCCCAUCCCCCUCGCUUCCCCCUCCCAUCGCCCUGCUGAUUCCUCCCCCCGCCCCACUCUGCUUCCCCUGCUCAUUCUCCUCCCCCCGCCCCACUCUGCUUCCCCUGCUCAUUCUCCUCCCCCGCCCUACUCCGUUUCACCUGCUCAUUCUCUUCCCCUUUGCUCACUCCGUUUCACCUGCUCAUUCUCUUCCCCCUAUUCGCUUUCGUUCUCUGUUUCCCUUUCACUCACCCCCAUUUCCAACCCCGCAGAAUACAAGUCCCAGCACCAUGGCCCAGCGUUUAUUGCAAGCAGUGUAG